CAGCACCCGGAAGUGGUGACGCGGCAGACUGUGGGGAACUGUGAGCGGCGUCAGUUUCACGGGCACGAAGGCCACAGCCACUGAAGAGAUGUUGAUGGAGGAAAUUGGGGGGUACCGUGAAGACACCUAGAAAUGGAUUGGAUGGCUUUUCAGCCUGUGUGACAAACUCCUACACCGUGCGGAACGUCAUGCAAUAACAGCCAGUGGAAUAUUAGCGAUGGUUUUAAAAAGAAAAACACUCCCAGAGUCUCAUUAGAACAGAGGCUUUUGGGAGGAAAAUCAAGCUGAAAUUAAAAUGAAUUUAAUUCAAGAGCUGGGAUCUGAGAACUGUAGUAAAACCUUUUUAUUUAAAAUGUUAGGAACUAAAAAGAAAAAUGUUGGGGGGGGGGACGGGGGAAAGUUUUGCAUUAACUACCUCAGAUUAUCCUAUAGUUCUAUUAAAGAGUAACAGUUAUCAAAUACUGAUGAUUGUUAAGCUUUACCCCAAAAAAGAAUUUUGCUGUAUUUAUUAUGGGACGCUAAUUACAAUUAUUUUCCUGCCUUAAAGAUCAAGUUGUAAUUUUUAAAGGGAUUUUUAUAUAGUUUUACUUGAAUAAUAAUUCAGUAAGCUGAAAAUGCACAGCUAAAAAUUCUUUCAUUUAAAAACCACUAAUAGUUGUCAGAUGUCAUACAUGUGAUUUAACGUCCAAUCAAAAAGAGGAAGGAAACGAGAUUUGUGAAGUAACAAAUUGUCAAAGCAAUGUCUGUUGUGUUGUACUUCAUUUGAAACAAUAUGACCCGUAAAAUUACUUUAGGAAUUUUAUUUACCUUUUGCUUUGGACUAGUUUCCAUUACCACUUUCACACACCAGGCAUUGGCAUAUGUUCUUUCCUUAAUCAAGAAUGCCUAAAUUUCAAAUUUGUAUUUUCUCCUUGCACUUCACUUGUGAAAAGUCUAAAGUGUCUCAUACUUUUAGAUUGUAUUAAUCCUAAUUCUUCUAAACACUCUCCCAUCCCCAAGUGUAAAUGCUAGCAGUUUUGUGAAAGUCAAUUUCUUCAUCCUAACUGGAUGAGUUUACCUCCGGAAUAAUGUAGAAUUUCUUAUGAUUGGUUCCAUAGGACUAAAACUAAAACUCAUUCUUUGCAGUUAGCUGGUUAUACCCAGAGGAAUUUGAGGGGCAGGGGGACACAAUUCAGUCCAUGGCAAUAAGCACACUACCAGGAAAUACAGCAAAAAAUACUCGUGGCAUGAUAGUUAUGAAAAUUUUAAACACCGUACAUUGAGAAUACCUAUAUUUAAAAGUCACACAUCAGAUUUAGCAGUACACCAGAUUUUGAGUCCUGUCAUACUGAUGGCAAGAAGAUGAGUUGAACAAUGGAAUAGUUUUUUGUGUAACAGGGACAAAUAAUUUCUACAUAUGCACAUAACAUUGCACUAAUUUUAGAUUGUUUAGAGAAAACUUGGGUGGCAUGCAGAAGAAUGGAGAAGGCUUAAUGUAUUUGACUAUUAUUAAUAAUGUGUAUAGCAAAAAUUUUCCACGUGCAGUGGAGCUCAAGUAGGUGCUCUAUGCGUGGAGUACAGAAACAUUAGUAUUUGACUUAUUGUCACUAUUGUACAGCUUUUGUUUACUUCUUCAUCUAUUUUUUAACCCUAUUUACUCUUCACUAGUUUAGACAUGAGUCAAAGCAGCGAAGGAUGUAUGAAAAAGAUUAGCGGUGUGAAUCUUGACAAGCUUAUAAGUGAUUUCUCACAGAUAGAAAAGAAAAUGAUAGAAACCAGUGGAAAGAAUAAUAUACUGGAUAUGCAGUUGGAAAAAACUAACUAUUUGUUAAAAGUAACGCAAACAAAGGAGGUUUCAAUUAAAAAAGAAUGUUCUGCUCUUCAUAAUAUGAUAAAAGGGCUACAGCAGACCAUUGAACAUCAACAUAAUUUGAAAGGUGAAAAUGAACAACUAAAAAGAAAUGCUGAUCUUAUGAGAGAAAAGCUGAAGUCUCAUGAACAAGAAUAUAAGAAUAAUAUUGCCAAACUUAUGAGUGAAAUGAAAAUCAAAGAGGAGGGACAUAAAAUAGAAAUAAGGAAACUUUAUCAGGAUAUGCAGGAAAAAAUUGAGUCAAAUGAAGAAAAGCAUAAAGAACUGAUAGAGAAAAAGGAGGUGGAAAUUUCAGAGUUAAAUGCAAAGUUAAAAACUCAAGAAAAGGAAAAACAAAGUGAAAUAAUCAAAUUACAGCUCGAGUUUGAUGCCAAACUAGCAAGAGUUCAAACUAAAUCAAAAUCCUAUGCAGAUUCUACUGUUUUGCCACAGAGUAUCUACAGAAGGGUAUGUGAGAUUUUUUUCCAUAGCCAUUGUGUUAAGAAAAUAAAUGUUCUGGGUGUUUCUAUAAAAGCUAUCUAGUAUUUACUAACAAUAUACUUAACAGUUUUUCUUAAAAUAUAUCACACAACCAGAAAGAUACUAGGUUUUGAAUAAUAUUUAAAAGUCACUUUCAAUUUAAAAUAGUAAAUCUUAGGGGUGCCCGGGUGGCUCAGUCAGUUAAGUGUCCAACUUCAGCUCAGGUCAUGAUCUCGUGGUUCACGAGUUUGAGCCUCUCUCCCCCCCUCUCUCCCUCUCUCCCUCUCUCUCUCAAAAAUAAAUAAAACUUUAAAAAAUUUAAAGACAUAGUAAAGUUUAGCAGUAAAUUAAAACAUUAGAGAAGUCCUCUGAUCUUUGGUCAUGUAAGGAAUUCCAUGAUCUGUUCUGAACUAAGGCUGACCUACUAUUCUGAAGUUAUUUAGGCACUUAGGUAGUAUUUUUUUUUAUUGUUCAACUCCUACUUUAUGAUUCAUAACUUCAAGCUAUAUACAAAAAAGAGAAUAAACUAAAACAAAUGGUGCUAAAAUAUGUUUUAAUAUCCUUAUUCCAGUUGUACCCCGUAAGCCUCAUAAAAAUAAAAUCAUAAACCUUUCAAAACAAGCUUUUUUAAUCUACUUAAACCAGAAAUGUAGUUUUUGUUGUUUUAUUGCUUCUUGUAUUUAAUCUUACUAUUUCUGAGUUGCAGUAACAAAUUUUUUGCUGCUUUAUUUAGAAGCUUCAACAUCUUCAAGAAGAAAAAAACAAGGAGAUUGCAGUUCUUCGUAAUACCAUUCGCAAUUUAGAGCAACGUCUCUCUGUUGACAAAGAUUCGCAACUUAAACCUUUUGACAAAGGAUCCUGCCCUAAGCGUAGACGGUUUUGAGUAUGACAGUAAAUUCAUUAGUUGCUACUUAAUUUCUUUAAAAGCAGUUGAAAAUGCCACUUCUGUCAUUAAUAUAACAUACUACCUAAAUAAUAACAAUGAAAAAAAGAUCGCUUUAAACACUUUAAAUUGAGUUUAUUUAAACAAAUCCACAUUUGGCCAACUGUGUGUACCACAUUCUUGCUUAAUAGUAUUAACCAUAGAGGAGUUCAGGUUUAUAGCACGUAGUUUACCUAUUGAACCAUCAUUGACUAUGGAAAUACUUUCUAAGCAAUCAA